AUGAGCCUUUCGAAGCCAUCGUUGCAAACUGUUGCGAAUUCGCUCAGUGCUAGCCAACUACAGCAGCAGCAACAGAAGCCAAACGUACAAGUUACGCUGAGAAAUGCAAAUCCAGCAGACGCAUUGCGCCCAGGAAGCGAUUCACGCAAAAUUGUGACCAUCACCACAGGACUUAUGGAUGAUGCUAGGGAAUUUGAGGGUUUCUCGUUCUUCGUCGAUAAGCGAUUUCGUAACUUGAGCGGGGCAAAAAAACUCAGUUAUUUUCGUGAAUUCUGUCCAAAAAAAGAAAAAAACUCUACAGGAAGCGAUUCACGCAAAAUUGUGACCAUCACCACGGGACUUAUGGAUGAUGAUAUAACUAGGAAUUUGAGGAUUUCUUGCUUUUCACCGAUAAACGAUUACAUAAUUUGA